AUGGACUCCCCCAAAUCUCCCGCCUCUCCUAAGAGGAGUCGUGGAUUCAGCGUGAAAUCCGACAAGUCAGACAAAUCGGGAUCAACAAGCCACAGACGUGGACCUUCAGAAUCGUCAGAAGAGAAAGCUCGUCGCAAUCUACACACCAAAGCAGAUCCACUCAUCGCCAUGAACGAGCUUCAGCCUAUGGCCGUUGCCCUGGAAAAGUCAAAUUUGGGCUCGCUGCGAGAGAUCGAAUUCAAGGAUCAGUACGGAAAUGUUAUCACCGAUCCCGACCUGUCAAACCCCACUCGACCGCGUUUGGAGCGCCCGUUGGAUACAAUUCGAUCGUUUGAGGCAGCUAUUUACGGCUCAUACAAUAAUAACCGUGCGUCCUAUGCCAGAGCAGAUGAUGCCGCAUCACAGAUGGGCGACUUCAGCCGACGAACAAGCUACUAUGGAGGUCAAAACAGCGGCCCUUCCAACAGAAACCACGAACCAAACAGCUACUAUGGCCAACCCCAAUCGCGACCAGACAGCAUCGUGAACGCGUACCAAAACGCACCUCUAUCGCCCGAGAACCCGAAUCCCUACCCAUACACCCCGAGUGGACAUAACCAAAACGGAUAUAGCCAAAAUAGCAGAAGACGCCCAUCCCAGCAUCCACGUGGGCCACCAUCGGCGCCCAUCACUCCCUCCGAGGGCUACCCAAACAUGGCCAACAACUCACAACACGGCUACCAACGGUCACGCGAUAACGUGGCUGCCAUGUCAAACAAUAAUUCUGGCAACACAUACCCCUACGGCCAGUCCACAGACCCCAGCUCGAUGAACAGCUCCAACGACCAAUUGCAGCAGCAGGCUCUGCACCAACAGCGUCUUGAUGAGCGUGCUCAGGCUGAGUAUGGUUCCAAUGGUUUCAACUCAUCCAGGACUCCCCAGCCCAUCGGUGACCCGAGUUGGGGUGGACCUGUUGGAGGUCCUCCGACUUCCACGGGGGCUAGGCCUGCACCAUCGACUCCGCGCCAGAAUGUGAAUCAAUCUUCGCCUGGUGAGGAGAAAACGGAUAAGAGAAAGAGCUGGUUCAAACGCCGGUUCAGCAAGGAUAAAUAA